UCCGCCGGAAGUGUCCGUCCUCUAAUCCCGCACUUUGCCGGAACUGCUGGUGACGGCUGCUGUGGUUGUGUCUCCUGCGGAUCUCAGAAUGGGCCCAGAGAGAAUCUUGCCCAACCAAAGUGAGGAUCUCAGAGAACCACAGGAGCCCCCAAUAGAGUGGAGUGGUGGGGAGGAAGAAGAAGAUGAAGAAGAGCAAAGUGGAUACCAGUACCAACCACUUACCCAAGAUCCAGAAGAUGGAGUUCAAACUGAAAAUGAUCUGCAAGAGAGACUACAGGCCAUGAGACUGCAGCUUCCUGACCCCCCGGUGGACAGCGAGGAUGAGGAUGACGGUCUAGCCGCACAGAACUCCAUUCCAAUGGACGCAGAUCACGUGGAGCUGGUGAAGAGGACCAUGGCAGGGGUGAAGCUUCCGACUCUUUCGGUUCCUGUUUGGGCCCAGCAGCUUUCCGAUGCAGACUGGGAGCACCUGGUUCAUCAGACCAUUGAGUCGCGAUCUGCGAUGUCACCACCCAGCAAGAAAUGAGCUGUGGAUCUGGACUAUAUACAUAGUGUAUGUGUGUGUGUAUACUGUCUGUAUUGUCUCCAUGUAAAUACAUUGUGAUGCUGCACCCUGA